AUGGAUCAAGAGCCUGGCUUCAUUGCGGCUGUCGAGGAGGCUAAGCAGGGCUACGUCGAGGGUGGCGUGCCUAUUGGCGCUGCGCUGGUCUCCAAGGACGGCCAGAUUCUGGGCCGAGGUCACAACAUGCGCGUGCAAAAGGGCAGCCCCGUUCUGCAUGCCGAGAUGUCUGCUUUGGAGAACUCCGGCCGCCUGCCCGCCUCCGCCUACGAGGGCGCGACCAUGUAUACCACACUGUCGCCCUGCGACAUGUGCACCGGCGCCUGCCUGCUCUACAAGGUGAAGCGGGUGGUCAUUGGCGAAAACAAGAACUUCGUCGGCGGCGAGGAACUGCUGAAGAGCCGUGGCAAGGAUGUCGUUGUCGUUGACAACCAGGAGUGCAAGGACCUCAUGGAGAAGUUCAUGAAGCAGAAGCCGGAGCUCUGGAACGAGGAUAUUGCCGUCUAA